ACAAUGCCUAGACCCAGGGACAUUACCACCCUACAAUCAUUCUCGGGGUUGGUCAGCCAUUAUGGUACCUUCCUCCCUGAUCUCCAUCAUCUACGUUCUCCACUAAACAACCUAUUACAAAAGAAUACGAGAUGGAAUUGGUCUGCAGACUGCCAAGCGUCUUUCGAGAAAAUCAAGCAACUCCUGACUUCCAAUCUUUUAUUGACACACUAUGAUCCUUCUCUACCGAUAGUCGUCGCUUCAGAUGCUUCUAACUAUGGUGUGGGUGCAGUUAUCUCUCACAAUUUUCCUGAUGGGUCUGAAAAAGCUAUCUCACACGCUGCCAGAUCUUUGACAACGACCGAAAGAAACUAUAGUCAGAUUGAAAAAGAGGCCCUAUCAAUUAUCUUUGCAGUGAAGAAGUUCCAUAAGAUGAUAUAUGGCCGACAUUUUACUCUAAUAACAGACCAUAAACCAGUACUUGCAGUUUUUGGGUCAAAGAAAGGUAUUCCAGUUCAUACAGCUAACCGACUCCAACUAUGGGCAACCACACUUCUUGGUUACGACUUCAAGAUAAAGUAUCAGUCUACUACCGCCUUCGGACAAGCUGAAACGUUGUCAAGAUUAAUAGGCUCCAAAUCAAAAACCCCAGAGGAGACUCUUGUAGCAAGUAUAAAAGCCGAGGAAGAAGUUCAUCGGGUAUUGGAUGACGCAAUCAAUGGACUCCCAAUAACCUCUGAAACUAUCAAAAAGAUCACUGAAUGCGAUAAGAUACUGAGCACAGUCAAAUGCUAUCUCUCGUCCAAAUGGCCAAACAAUCGCCUUGACGGAGAACUUUUGCAAUAUUUUCGUCGACGGGACUCACUAAUGGUUGUUGACUCGUGUAUUAUGUUCGGUGACCGAAUUGUUAUUCCGAAGUUAUUACGUCACAAGGUUCUCAAGCAGUUUCACAAUGGCCAUCCUGGAAUAAAUAAAAUGAAAUCGUUGGCUCGUAGUUAUGCUUAUUGGCCGUCAAUGGACAAAAAUAUCGAGAAUAAAUGCCGUAACUGUCCAUCGUGCAUUCAAGCCGCUAAAAAUCCUGUGAAAUGCGAACCUCAGUAUUGGCCUACGCCUGCAGGACCCUGGGAAAGAAUUCAUGCAGAUUUUGCUGGUCCAAUCCAAGGAAAAAUGUUUCUAAUUAUCGUAGAUGCAUUUACUAAAUGGCCGGAAGUACAUACCAUGCCAAAUUGUACAACCUCAGAAACAAUCUACAAGCUGUCUAUCCUGUUUAGCUGUUUUGGAGUACCAGAGACCUUAGUAACAGACAACGGCUCGCAAUUCGCCGCAGAGUCGUUUAAGCAUUUCUGUAAAGCAAACGGAAUAACUCAUCUUCGUUCUCCACCCUAUCAUCCACAAUCGAACGGACAAGCAGAACGCUUCGUGGACACUUUUAAACGAGCAUUACUGAAGGGGGGAGGCGAAGGGCCGACUGGGCAGGUGAUCACGAAAUUUUUAACAUCCUACAGAUCCACUCCGAAUCCGAAUGUUCCGGACGGCAAGUCUCCUGCGGAAGUCAUGUUCGGAAGACGUGUUCGAACCGUCUUCAAUGCCAUGUUGCCAUCCCAAUUAGUUGAUGAGCGCAGUCACAAUCCAAGUAUUCGGGACUUCAGUGUCGGCGACAAAGUUUACAUUAAAUCCUACAUCGGGAAGAACCGAUGGGAGCCAGGAGAAGUCGUACAAAAAUUGGGAAGAAUUCUGUACAGAGUUCGAGGAACUUUUGGGAUGUGCAUACGACACACAAAUCAAAUCCUUAAAGACAAAAGAAUGAUGCAGAAUCGAAGUAACCCGCCGAAUUUUCCGUUAGAUUUAAUCUUAGACGCACAAACGCCAAAGAACACUGGAAGGAAGCCGUGGACAGGGAAGACGACGAGAAUAAUGGGACGACGUCGAAACCCAGUUAUCAAACUACAAGUUGACCCUAGGAAGAAGUCUUAUUCGGGGGAGGUGUUAAGUCGGCUUCCCGCGAACUCCAACAGAGCCCCCAGAGGCUCAAAAAGAGUCCCAACCAAUCAGAGUACGACAGAACAUUCUGGAGUUCCAACGUGGCACGCUACCAUUGGUCAGUAGCAAUAUAUGUCGUUUAUUGGAUUGGCUGAAUUAGGAUGUUGAUUUAACUUAAGCAAACAUCGAUAAAUACUUACGAUUUUCUGUACAAAACUGAUCCUUGCAGUAAAGGUUUUCUCUGCUACUCGUGUCUUCUCUCUGGUCUUCAAGUUGCUGAGUAGUGCUAGCCUGGGGUU